CUUUUUUAUUUUUUGAAUUUUUUUAUAAUAAAAAUAAAAUCAGUUAGCUGCACUGAUGCACACGUUGAUUGUCCGUCAUAUCGGCAGCUUUGCAACUUCGGUGAUUACGGAAUUUGUAGGCGAACUUGUGUUUUAUCAAAUGAUAAGAGAUUUUCGCCAGAAUUAUCCAUUUGUCCAUCCAAAAAAAGCGAAUAA